GUUUGGUUUCAAAAUCGUCGUGCAAAAUGGCGUAAGAAGGAGAAAGUUUGGGGCAAUACAUCAAUCAUGGCGGAAUAUGGUCUGUAUGGUGCGAUGGUACGACAUUCCUUACCACUACCACCACACCUAGCUGAUGCAACCUCCGCUAGGUGGCUGCUGGGAAUGUACAAGAAAGCUGGACACGCAGAGAAGUCUGGGAAAGAUGAAAAUAAUGACGAUGAAGCAAGGAAUCUGAGUAUUGCUAACCUACGGCUGAAAGCUGAAGUACAUAGUAAAAACUUAGAAAGUGAGAAGACUUCUGAAGACAGUAAAAUGCAAAAUGACGAUGUACCGUCUUGA